AUGUUACGUGCACAAGGUCACCGUGACGAUAGCGCUGGGAAUGUAGACGUGAAAGAUGCGGCUAUUGAUAUUGCAAUUAACACAGAGAAGGAACAGGAGAAAGUAUUGCUACGUCAAACUGAGACAGAUCAGGCUUUUUUGUGGAUGCUUUUACUAGCAACAGUAUCGGAGUGUGUCACCACUUGUUUUGUCCCAGUAUACACUUCACAAUUUUAUGGGUUAAAUGUAAGCGGGACAGUCUUAAAUUGGCUUGGACCAUUUCUUGAUGGUUGGACGUAUGGCUCUCACGAUCGUUCCGAUGUGUCACUAGCGUGCGUCCAAUUUCGAGUGGCAUUUUUAGGGGUCUUUACAUCUUUUUCAUUCAUGGUGGAUCAUGCUGGAGAUUUAAGCAGUACAAACUUGAUAGCAGGACCAAUCUACGUUUGUCUUUCAAUUAUUGGAGGGUGUAGCUUUUUCUGUUUUGGAAAAUAUUUUGCUCAAUUCAAAUGGAGCUUUCAAGUGUCAAAGAUGAGAGUUAAGCGAAUGAAGAUGAAGGUCUCACUUGUGACGAUGUUACUAGCUUUUGUAGGAAUGACAAUCGUACGUGCAGCAUUUGGAUCGCAUGGAUUUGUUCGUGAUCCGAAUGAUCCACAAUUUAUUGGUAAAGUACAAGUAGCUGAUGGAGAAGAAUUGAUACUUGGUAUCUUGAUGUCAUGCACUGCAGUCCUGUUUUCGAAUUAUAUCUGUGCUUUCUUUCCAGAAGAACCUUUAGAACUUCGCACUGCUACAUCACAAAGGAAUGGACCAUUUAUUGAUUGGGGAUGCCUUUGCUGUAAUUUCUUAGCUAGUAUCUUAGCGGGAGUUACUUAUCAGCUCAAUCGAAUCACUUUUACAGACGUUACGGGUAAACUCCUCGCCCUCAAGUUUGUCACAUCUUUUUGUGGAUCUCUCUCUGUCUUUUCGGGUGCUGUUAGUAUUAUCACGCGACUUUGGCUUGCUGAUAAUCGACAUUCAGCUAUUUGGAAUUUACUAUUGCAGUUACUUGUGGGACUGCUUGUCAUGCCAUAUCUCUUUAAACAUGAAGUGAUAUAA